AUGGCGACAGUGGCUUCCCUUCAUCGUAAUGGGCGUUGGCUUCUACCCUCUGCACGGUCAGAAGAACAAUUAGCUCUGCAAAUUCAUCUCACAACAGUUUCUUUAUCGGAACAAGAGGACUACGAUGAAUGGGAAAUCGAAGGAAAAAUAAAAAGCAAGUACAACUCAGGAGAAGUAUACACUUACCUUAAAGGGCCAAUACCAACUGUUCCAUGGGCAAAGCUUGUCUGGUUCUCCUAUGGGAUCCCGAGGCAGUCCUUCUUAACUUGGUUGGUUUUACUCGAUCGUUGCCCAACGCGUGACAGGUUACUCCGAUGGGGUAUGAAUGUGGAUGCUGUUUGCUUGCUUUGCAAUAACGCUCCAGAAAGUAGGAAUCAUCUUUUUUUUGAGUGUUCUUUCAGCAACAGGAUCUGGAGAUCGAUUGCAUGCCGAUGUCGACUGACUCCAAGCGACUCUUGGUUAUCAACACUUCAACAACUUCUCACUCUUGGCCCCAACAAAGAUGAAAAACGCCUUACUCUCCUUGCCACCCAGGCCACAAUCUAUUGGCUCUGGAAUGAACGAAACCAAAGACUUCACAAUCAAACUUUCAAGUCUGCUGAUUCCAUCAUCUCAACCAUCGAUAAGCAGGUCCGUAAUCGCAUUCAAAGCUUCCGUCACUCGAACCCUCGUGCUUGUUCAUCAAUGAUGCAGCGGUGGCUCGUCUGA